UUACCGCUAAUUGAUGCUUUCUCUAUUUCCAACUUGUAUUUCAAACCACGCGAUGCGUUUUAUCGUAAAGAGUAAACUAUAAGUAAUCAAUAGCUAACUUUCUUUAUGAUUGCAUUUACAUAUUUAUUUAAAUUGGGAAAUGUUAAUGGAAGUUUUCUUGUUGCAGCCGUGGUGGUUCGGUAUUUGACUAAGAGAUACAUUGGCGAAUACAGUUCAACUGGAGAUUUCUUCUAUCAACAUCGAGUUGCGUUUGACGGCGCCACGUCAGAAGUGGAAGUGUUGGACACGUGCGGUUGCGCUAAACGUGGUUGCCUAGCGGAUCACCUGCGAUGGGGCGACGCGUUCGCCGUGGUGUACUCUGUUUGUGAUCGACGUUCCUUCAUCGCUGCCGGCGAGCUACUGGCGUUGUUGGAACGGACUCGACUUCCUGGUUGCACUGCUGUGACGUUGUUGGGAAAUAAGACUGACUUGGAACAUGCAAGAGUCGUUAAUGCGGAAGAAGGUCAAGAAUUAUCACUAAGAUUCGGGUGUCAGUUCUAUGAGAUAUCAGCGGCGGAGUCGAGCGCAGGCGCGGCGCUUGCUUUUCACGCUUUACUACGCGAGGCACGGGCGUUAGCUCUUCUCCUACCAUCUCCCCGACGAAAGCUGGCUGCUUAUUCUGUUUCCAAGGUAAUCGGGACAAUUCUUGGACUGAGUAACAAGAGUGUACGGAAGAAACGCCCAUCACUCAGCAUAUGACGUGUUUGUCUAUUCACCAAAGGAUGUCGAUUACUCCUUGACGGGAGUUUGUUUGUGUCUGUCCAUUGACAGGAGGCUAUUAUCGACCGAUGUUGUAUAUCGCAGGAUUUGUCGAAGGAAUGCCAGGAAUGCUGCCAGGUGUGACUUAAGGAUUAGAACAGGACCAGUAAGGAAACAAUGAUUUCUUUUACUACGGGAUAUUAUAUUAGUUGUAGAUAAUUAUACACUUUUUGAUCCCUGUAUAUAUACGUAUGUACUAAGUACAAUACAGCAUAAAUUUACUUUGAAUAUGAAUAGAUACUGUUAUAUAUUGUAUACGAAUGAUUGUGAUGUUGUAAAAAUGUUAAUGUAAGUGUAUGUUAUUCGUGACAAAAAAAAUUAAUUUGCUUAUGAAGCGAGAGUGGUUACUUUCUUACCAUAUCGUUUUUCUUUUAUAAAAUGGUUUGGUUUUGGUUCCGUCUUAAUUUUACGUACUCGAAUCUAUACGAAUAUUAUAAAUGCGAAAGUAACUGUGUUAAUUGUUUUCACGCCUGAACUGCAGAACCAAUAUCGUUGAAUUUUGAUAUAGAGAUAAGAGGAACCUAAGAGAAGGAUAUAGGCCACUUUUUGUCACAAAAAUAAAUGUUAAAGGGGGUGAAAUAGAGGAUGAAAGUUUGUAUGAAAAUCAAUAAAGUUAUGAAAAGUAGUAGGCUACUCGAAGUACUUAUACUACGCAGACGAAGUCGCGUGCAUCAGCUAGUAUGUAAUAUAUUCGAUAAUUGACAUUCUGAAAGUUUACAUCUCUAAUUUCUGGUAACCUAUUUGUACAGUCAACUAAAGAGUCGCUGUUCAUGUAGAGGUUUUUAAUUUAUAUUAAUAAAUGUCCUAAAAAUUAAACAAAGGCAUUUUGAAUUUUAGACGAUAUUUUUUCAUAGUAAAUUUGAUUUAUUUUUGUAUGAUUAUAAUAAGAAAAACUCUAAAUGAUCUACUCUUUUAUAAUUGAUUACAUUAUGGUCGGUUUUGAGUUUCAUGAACUUUUGAAACUAGAUAAUUUGGUGCAAUUUGCUCCUAUCGAAAUCAUGCCCUAUGUUACCUUUAUCCAUAAAAUGACUGAUUUUUUGUCUUCCUAUAGGUAUUAUAUAACCAUGAUUUGGUAUAUUUUUCAUGCCUUUAUAUUUCCUUUUUCCGCGUAUCCCAUUAACCAUUGCGUUGUUCUAAGUAGUGCAACCAAAAGUAGUUGUUGGUAAAAAAUGUUUUGACAAAAAGUAAAGCGUAAGAAAAUUGUACGAACAUAUCGAUGAUGAAGCGACAAUGACGCAUUUCCGCAUCUACAUACGUAAGAUGGCAUGGGAUUUUAAAAAGUAUGUUUAUGGGAUAUGGAAUGUAAUAGAUGAAGAAUUUUUGUACAGUUAUUGUUUUAAUCAUUGGGGUGAGCAUACGGAUACUCGUAUAAUUUCUUUCGAUGAUUACGUUAAUGUUUUAGGGUGCGUACAAAUCUGGCGAAUACGCCUGUUUGCGAAAGACUCGCGAGCGACACAUGUGCCUAACGUUCGCGGGCUGCUCGCGCACAUUAUGCGAGACUUGUGUGCGAUGACAUGGCGCACUUAAUUGCACGCGUGCAACACCCGUUCAGCCAGAUUCGCCAGAUCUGUACACACCCUUAGAACACUUUAAUUUUUACAUAAGGUCUUGUCACUUAACCUCCGUAGGAGCUUUGAAUUGCAUAUUGGCAACCUCCAUAUGAUAAAAAUGCUGUUCAUAUUUGUUUAGUCGUCUCUCGAGCAGCAUCGCACUGACAUAUAAGAUAUACUUCAGGUUACAAUUAUAGGUGGGCGUUUAAACGAAAAGCACUUAAAAAAUUUUGCUUUUUAAAAUAA